CAUCGGAUUCAGGGUUAAUUCUGACGUUAAUAUUACGACCAGAAAGGAGAAACACAUAUUGGUCCCGUGGUAUAUUGUUACAGGCAGCAGAUUCUAAACAUACAACACUGAAUCCAGGCUCGUUAGAGCGAAAAUGUGGCAGGAAAUUUUCCUAAUUGUUGCAGUUUUUGUGACUGUGUGUUCCACUGACAAUCCAGAUCAGUGCCAAAAACCUCCAGUUGUUAAAAGUGCUGUCCUACUGGAUCAGUAUCUCGUUCGGCAACGUUUUUCUGUGGGCGAAGCUGUUUCCUACAAAUGUUUGCCGGGUUAUGCUUGGGAUGAGAACACUCCAAAUGAUGUCACUUGUCAAGCCAGUUUAACUUGGUCAGAGCCAAAGAUGAGUUGCCUACCUAAAACAUGUGGCCGGCCAAAGGAUUUACAAAAUGGUUAUUACACUGCUACUGGUGAAACGUUUGGGGACACGGCAACUUACUACUGCAAUGAAGGCUAUCAAUUGCUUGGCAAAAGUCUGAUCCGGUGCACCGAGCUUGGAUGGACCAAUGGUUUUCGAAUCUGUGACCUGGAAGUAUUAAUGCAGAAGACGCCUGAAAUUGGAAAGACCAAGGAGAAACCCUCUACAACCAUUGCUCUUCCCGAUGAUGAUCACCAGCCUGCCAAUCCUUCUACCGUCUCAAUGACAAUCAACGCAAUAAAUGAACCAACAGCUCAGGCCUCCCAGAAAACAGAUGAUGCAGAGGCAAGCCAUUUGACCCCACAACCACUUGGCAAGACUCUUUCCGAUGAUGAUCACCAGCCUGCCAAUCCUUCUAACAUCCCAAUGACAAUCAACACAAUAAAUGAACUAACAGCUCAGGCCUCCCAGAAAACAGAUGAUGCAGAGGCAAGCCAUUUGACCCCACAACCACUUGGCAAGACUCGUCCUGAUGUUGAUCACCAGCCUGCCAAUCCUUCUACCAUCACAAAGACAAUCAACGCAAUAAAUGAACCAUCAAUUCAGGCCUCCCAGAAAACAGAUGAUGCAGAGGCAAGCCAUUUGACUCCACAACCACUUGGCAAGACUACUCCUGAUGAUGAUCACCAGCCUGCCAUUCCUUUUACCGUCUCAACUACAAUUAACGCAAUAAAUGAAAUAAUUCCUCAGACAGACACCCGGAAUACAGAUGAUGCAGAGGCAACACGUUUCCAAGAUCCAUUACAUCAUAACUCUCUUCCUGAUGAUGAUCACCAGCCUUCCAUUCCUUCUACCCUCACCAUUAAAUUCAAUGCCAUAAAUAGAAAAACAGCUCUAGCCACAUUGGAUAAUACAGAUGAUGCAAAGCCAAGCCGUUCCUCCCAACGAUCACGUCGUAACGCUCCUCUUGAUGAUGAUCACCAGUCUUCCAUUCCUUCUAUGAUCAAAAUUACAAUCAAAGAAAUAAAUAAAACAACAGCUCUGGCCAUGCUACCAAAUACAGAUGAUGCAGAGCCAAGCCUUUUCUUCAGACUAUUAUGUGGUCACGGUCCUCCUGAUGAUAAUCACCUGCCUUCCAUUCCUUCAACCGAUACAAUUAGAAUCAAUGCAAUUGAUGAAACAACAGCUCAGGCCUACUUCCUUAAUACAGAUGAUGCAGAGCCAAACCUUUUCUUCCGACGAUUACUUGGUAACUCUCUUCCUGAUGCUGAUCACCGGCCUUCCAUUCCUUCUACCUUCGAAAUUACAUUCAACGCAAUAAAUGAAAUGACAGCUCAGGCCAACUCCCUUAAUAGAGACGAUGCAGAGAGAAGCCUUCCUUUUGGGCUAUUACUUGUUCUUUCUGAUGAUGAUCGCCAGCCUUCCAUUCCUUCUACCUUCAUGACUACAAUCAAAGCAAUAAAUGAAAUGACAGCUCAGGCCUACUACCAUAAUACAGAUGAUGCAGAGCCAAACCUUUUCUUCCAAAGUUUACUUGGUAAAUAUGAACCUGCAGCUCGGACUCACUUCCUUAAUAAUGAUGAUGCAGAGAGAAGCCAUUUCUCCACACCAUUAUCUCUUAACUAUUACCCUCUGAAGUGGAUACUCUUGAUUUCUUUAGUUUCAGGAUCCAUGUGUAUCAUUGGUAUAGCAAUAAGACAGUACAUACGUCACAAAAGAAAAUAUGGGUCCUAUGAUACAGGGAGCCAAUUCUUCAAACAUGACGGGGAUAUUGAAAUAGAAACAAUUAAAAUGAUUACAGAUGACUAAUCUUGGCUUCAAUCUUGGGAAGGAAGUGGGUGGUGAUGUUCCAGCCUGUUUGAUUCAAUGGAUGAAGUUUGUAAAGCAUUCCAAGGCAAUAAGGAGGAAUCUGAAUGCAGUACUUAAUUGCUACUUCUAGAACUUUGGUGUCUGUAUACAAAACAUAAAAUGUUUUUAUUUUCUUGCUUGAAUAUGAAUUUUUAAUUUUAACAACCUUGCACUGUUGACUCUCAUAAACCAUGGCAAUCUUUUGGAAAAUGUCUGUAUUCUUUUAUGAUUCACACGUGAGGCGAUUAUAAACAAAUUAUUUGUUAUGCUGAUGAUUAUCAUGCAAAUCUGGAUCCUACCUGCUCAGCUGGUUUUUUUCAGCAUUUUCAGACCUUUCAGGUUUUUGUGUAUGGAGAGAGAAAACCGUGAUCCAAACACCCUGAAAUCCUCUUAGCUUAGCACAUCAAAUAUAACGACAAUCUUAAUGCCAGUGAGUGAUGGCAAAAUGAAAAAAUAUGCGUUAUUUUUAAGAGCAGGUAAUUCAAUAAUUGAAUGAAUUUUUUUUACACUUGUUUUACGUGAAUAUGGAACAAAGUUCAUUCUGUAAUUUAGAGAUAUGAGAUUGUUUCACUGAUCAUAUACAUUGUCAUGAUUUUUAAGAUGUGUGAUAAGAGGGGACUCAUCCCUAACAAUGUAUUAUACUACUCUAUGAACAUGGGUGUGUUUUUGAUGUGGAGUGCACAACUUUUCUCUGGCUUCCCAGUUUUAAAAAAAGGAAGAUUUUGAAAGAAGAAUAGUAUCAGAUUCAAUGUUAACACCAUUUCUCUCUGCAUAGAUGCAGGCGUACUUGCUGAGCUUCUCUGGCACUUUAUUUUUGUAAUAAAUGGCUUAUUCAUUUACAAACAAUA